UGCAAGGAUAUCAGAAGGAACUGAUGAGGUCGCUCCAUCUACCGUAUGUUCCAGUUUUCGCUGCGUUGCUUCACCUCAUCUGAUCCGAUAUGAAAGGAGGGACCUCUGUUUGCUUCCGACCCGUUUCGGAACCACGAAGGAAGUGGAAUCGGAACAAUGAAUACAUUUUAAUCGAUAGAAAAUUACUUCUACGAAUCGAUGGAAUUUCCGAGGUCAGUUUGCGUUGGAAGUCGGUGACGAUACGACAAUGUCCGGAAUGUGCUUCUUUCCAUCGCCUCCGUACAGUGACGAUCUGCGCUCACCCAGUCCCAGUGUGAAAUCAAUCAAGUCAUCGUCGUGUCCUCAGUACAUUCCGCUAACCUCGUUGGAGUACGUUCGCAAUUUGACCUACUCCCAGCAGCAGCAGCGGGUUAACAUCAGUGUGGAAACGUGCGAAAGGAUUGCUACGCCGCACUGGAUCCAUCAAAGAAGCCCGGGCAAAGCGUCACCACCAUCGAAGGCGAAGCCUACUAAGAAACCCUCCAGCAAAAGCAGAAAGGUGAUUCCACCGGUGAUUCGAAGGAAGCGACGCCUGGCGGCUAACGCCCGCGAACGGAAACGGAUGCACGCGCUGAACGAUGCGUUCGAUCGGUUGCGACAAUAUCUGCCCACCAUUGGCAACGAUCGCCAGUUGUCCAAGCACGAAACGCUGCAGAUGGCCCAGAGCUACAUCUCCGCGCUGAGCGCGCUGUUGAAGUAGUAGGCGGUGGUGCUUUGCUAGUGAAUAGUGUGUGAUUUUUUUUUUCGCUGCUCGGUGUACUGAUAUUAGGUUAGAUUAGCAUAACAAAGCAGGCGAAGGAGGCAGCCGCCGUUAUAAAGCCACGACCAGAUUCUUCUGGGUUCGAUGGUCGAAAGUCAAAGAGCGCCAAAGAGAGAAAUAAAUGUUAAGUUAUUGAACCCGAGGAUGGUGUUUUUGUUUACGUUAGCCUAUGGGCAGUGGGUUUUGAGGUAGCGAAAUGUUUUUUUUUGCACUGGGAUUCAAUUAGCCAAGGUGUGAGAAAGUGGCAGAAAGAUAUACUUGAGCUGGUAUGUGAGUGGACUGAUGAAUGAGUGAAUUUUAGAUUAAAUGCGUUGGUGAGUAAGUGAAAUAAUGUCAAAGUGGACAGGUGAAUGAGUUAAUUUAUAAGUAAGUAAGCGAGUUAGUGGUCGAAUGAGUG